UAAACGCCCAUUGCGCCCACAACGAAGAAGACAGCGGAGAUACUUGUGUUUACUCGCGCCAUGGAGGAUUUAUAAAUUCAAUUAAAUUUUUUCCUAGUGUUUUGUGUAUAGUUAGUGCUAUUUAUUCUGCAGGUUUAGAACACGCGUUAAAAUGGCCUCAAAUCCUCCCGGACAAGGAUUUCAGGACAAAAACAGGGCUGCUAUUCUAGCUGAGUUGAAUAAAGAGAAGAGACGUCUGAUACAGAGUCAGUCUAUGAAUAACCCUGGAGCAAGCAUUCCACUCUCUAGACCAGCUGUAAAACAAGAGUUUAGGGACCAGGCUGAACAGCAGCAUAUUGCAGCACAGCAAAAAGCAGCUUUACAGCAUGCACAUGCACACUCGUCCGGAUUCUUCAUCACUCAAGAUUCGUCAUUUGGUAAUCUUAUACUACCUGUGUUGCCAAGACUUGACCAGGAGUAAAUGAACAGAUGCACAGACUGCAUCACUGUGAAGCCACAGUUUUGAUUUACCUUUGUCUUGAAUGUAAAUGUGGUAGAUUACAUUUUUUUUUGUGAAUGCAAAAGUCAGACCUUUCUUAAAUUGUUGUCAAUAUUUUUUAGUGAUUAUAUAUAAAGUGGAGUGAACUUAA